AUGAACGACGGCUGCACCAGAAUUCACAGGCAUUGCAACGGCAAAAGAAGCCGUGUCCCAAACAUACCGGAGCAAACAACGGGCAUUUGUCCUUGCAGUGUUACAGAUACCUGUGCGGGCCCUUCCUAUUUGGGUGCAUAUGGCAUAAACGCCUGGGGGAAUCAUGGAGACAGAAUCAGCGCAGCAGAUGCAGCAGCAGCAUACAGCAGAAGCAGCAGUGAUGAUAGCACAUCUGUGCUUGGCUGGAGCCAACUACUCCUAUUGGCAUGGUGCUUCCCGUUGAGAGGCUAUACGCAAAUGUGGGGUAGCGGGGGAGCGGUGCCUUUUACUGGGAGUGAGGGUGCAGCCAAACACGGGCGUGCGUCUGGGCAGCAGCGUUUGGACCGACCGCAUCAAGAAGUGCAAACGUCCGCCGGAGCGGUACCUAAGGCUGGCAUGGCGGAUAACUUUGUCCGCGGGAGCACCGGUGGCAGGAUGCUGAGCCCUACCAGUGCAGGCAGCAAUCCCCGUAACCGCCGAAAGGGCUGGUGGAACAUUUCCAUAGAAGCGGGACUUGACGGUCGCAUUUCUAUAGGUCACUCUCCUCAAGAGACAGCAUCUGUGGAUGUACUGCCCGCGGCAGAAUGCGGUGACGGCCGCAAUUGCAAUGCUAAUAGGAAGCUGAAGCCGUGGCGGCCCUUGGGGCUCCAGCUGAGGGCAAGCGCAGUGUGUUGCUGUGCCCUCAGUGGAGAGAAAAGCCUUGUAGCUGCUGGUCUGGGAAGCGGGAAGGUUGAGAUUUAUAGGCUUUUAUGGCCUAGAAACCCAGUGCAGCGGACUUGCGACUUUCAGCAACCUCAGCAAGGGCAGCAGCGUCUCCGGACCCUUGCCCACAGGAAUGUUGAGCGUGAUGGGUUCACGCUUUUUCCUCAUCUUCUGCAUGUGCUAGCCGUUCCAGAGGACAUAAAAGCAGCAGCAACGGCAGAACGAGGGCUCGCAAGAGCGGAGCAGAGCGUCGGGGCUCUGUCGACAGAAGGCGCUGCGUAUUUGCAGCCUCAGAGUGUCCAAAGUCUGCAAUGGACUUCAGACGGCGCGGCCCUUGUGGUUAGGUGGUUGAAAGGAGGCACCGCAGUCUUUAGCCAUACGGGAAGAAUUCUUUUCUCACUUCCUAACCCUCCCAGUGCUAGCAUUUCUUUGGUUUCCUUUCCUGCAGCAGGUGACGCACUUGGUGGGAUACUUACGACCUCUCCGUCGCUGGAGCGCCAGCAGACCUUCGUCUUCACACGUAAAAUUUCGACAGCUUCAGCAGCAGCUGUAGCUGCAGGUGCUGCUGCAGGGUCUGGGCAGCUGUGCUGUUGGAUCAUGGGCAGCCUCUCACUUUUACAUGUUUGUUCGUCCUUCGAAGCAGUCUCUCAACUCGAACGCCAGGGCAAAGGAAUCAAGACCUGCACCACUUUCCUGGUAGAUAAACAUCAGUUCGGCGGUAGCGUUUGCUUCGAUAAACUGUUGGAAGUGUCUGUCGUGCGGAGCGGAUCAGUUACACCGGCAACUUCUUCCGUAGAGAUUUGUGGAAGCCGCUGUGCGACAGAUCUGACGGACCGGGUGCUGCUCGGUGGUUCUCACCUCCUCGUAUGGAACUUUAUGGGCAGAGCCAAACCGUCUGCAUCACUAUCGUUUAUUCCGCUUCCCCCUAAUCUAUAUACAACAAGGGCGUUUCCUGUGCGACAAGCGGCUCUUUCCCCAGACGGAGCUCAGCUGCUAGUAGCUGGGACAAGAGGCUUCGCAUUAUUUGCGUUAAUGCAGCGACGCUGGCGGCUCCUUUGUAGUGAGAGACAGGAGACUCAGAUACGAGUGGGAACCCUGCCUUUGGGGUGGUACACCAAUGAUAUUUUUUUUGUUUCGACACCGGCAUCUAGCCCUUACGGCGCUGCUGCAUCGGCAGCCGCAGCUGCAGCUGCACCACCAGAACCGCGCAGCACACUAGGCUACCCUGAAGAAGCACCGCGUUGGAAUCUUCCGGCGAAAGUACUCAGAAGGUUUGAAAUCGCGUUUGCUUCUGCCGUAGACGUUUGCCCAUCCAGGUUUGGUGCCCAUGUGCCAAUGACGAUUCAUGAGAAAACGGCUUGGCUGCAGCAACAGCAGCUGCAACAGCAAUUUUCAUCACGCCUUUGGAUUGCAGCCGUAGCCGGCGGUGGUUCCAGUGAAUUGCUCUCAGUGUCCACGAAGGAAAAAGCAUACAAAGUCAGCGCCAAGAGCAGCAGUAGCAACAUGUGGCGGUACUCUGUGUUAUUCCUGAGUACAAAUGAGCGGCUUGACGUGCGCCACCGUGUUGCAGAAAUUCAGCGUCUCCCCGCCAGGCCGCAGACGUCUACCGUUUUGCCUAGACUGGAACAGCAGCCGUUGCUGCGUCCAACAGUCACCCAUGGGUCCCGCUGCUGCAUAUGCCAUGCUGAAAACAGCGAUAGCGGCAGUUGCUGCAUUAUCUGCAGCGGUUCGGCAGCGCUGGCCCUGCGAUGCCUUGCGGCAGGCAAUACGGCGGAGCCUCUCCUGGCUAUAUACGACGCUCUUGGAAUACUCACAGCGUACCAGCUUCAGUGCCCGGCAAACCAGCAGCAGCAGCAGCAUCGGCAUUAUGAUGUUGUAGCUCUAUGGCAGCUUGAUCUCACGGAUUUUUGCGACAGGCCACCUCAGCAAAUUCGCUUUGUGGGUUGUGCGUGGCUGUUGCUACUGUUGGUGCAGUCCGGUGACUUGCUGCUUCUGCGCUUGACUAUGCCAGGAUCGGGACAUGUUCAUCACCACAGAACGCAUCAUAUUCCGCAGCUUACUGUGGAGGCUUCCGCCAUGAUCGCUGAGGGCGUUACUGGCUUGUGGGUGGGUGCUGAGGCUCAGCUACGACAUCACUUCUUGCUGCCGUCCGCACGCCUUUGUGUACUUCCUUCACGACAGCAAAAUCACAAGAACCAGCAGCAACAAAGGGUUCAGGAAGAGUCCGAGCAUAUAGCUGAGGGAGUGGUUGCAUGCUGCUGCACCUGCUCGGGUUCACUGAGGCUACCAGCACAAGCAGCUAAACACGCAGAACAGAAGAAGGAGGUGCUGCAGGAGUACCAGGAUGAGCAUGCAUCGUGCAGCCCGACCUCAGUUAAAAUGCACAACAGCAUUGAUACUGAGCAACCUUGCAGGACCGCAGAUGCAACGGAUAAGGCUGGGAAAGCCGCCGGAAACGUAUUGAAAGGUAGCGGUGGAUCAUCAGCAGCGAACACUAAGGGCCAGCACCCUAGAGCUCGACCCAAAAUCUUUUGGGCAGCGGGGCGCCGGCAACUUUCAGACGACUUUGAAAAAAAGUUCAAGAUGCGCUGCAGCCUUGAGGCAUACGCCUGUGGUGCAUCAUGCGCUGUGCCAUCGUCUGCUUCAUCAGAAGGGACAGAAGCACAAACAGCCGUUGCGGCAAAGCCUUCAACACCUCCGGAAGCUUUUGCAGCUGCUGAACGUAAAAAAGCUGCAAAUUACCGCUCGGAAGGGUCCUUCUCUGACGCGGAUGGCUGCAUAUCCAGCGGGUUUGACUCCUCUUCUGCAAUUAAUGGUCCUAUUGUUACGCCACAACCAUGGGAAGCUCGAGCCGACAAGUGUGACGUCUGCUGCUGUUGCGUUGCCGGCUGGCACAUCUGGGCGCAAACAGCGGCAGGGCUUUUGCUCGCCUCCGUCAGUUUUCACUAUUCCGGCACCGCAGAGGGAGCAGCGGCGGGGAAUCUUUCACCGGAGCGCCUCGUAGCUGCGACUGACGUGCGCGUGAGAUCUGCUCUGGUGCUGCCUGUGGAGGCGCGGCCUCAGCCUUUAAACAUCACUGGAAUUAUUGGGGAGCUGGGAGUGGCCAUAGCGUGUGCUCCCAGCCGUGAAGCUGCGCUGGGAUUUCCUUCGCAUAAACAUCCGGUUACGCAGAUACGUCUCCUGCUGCAGCCCUGUACUCAUACACUGCUGCAAAGGCAGGUGCUAGCUGCUGCUGCGUAUACUCCCACGGGUGGCAUGGCACCUGUGAUGCCUCUUGGAGGCUGCUCGGCGGAUGCUUCUGCAGAUGAGCCUUCUCCAAGGUUGAACAGCUACGGAGAAAACGCCAUUGACAUCAGAGGGAGAGCUGAUGCCAGCAGCAGCUGCAGGCGGCUCUUCAUAUGUGUCGCAGAGCUGCUUCGCGAACUCUUGGCGUCUCCCUUUGCGCAUCAUUUGUUGGAAUUGUGUCAGUUUAGCCUCUUAAUGCGCUGUAUUUCUACCUACUUGAAAGCAGCUAAGCUGAAGCGUUUGCAACUGCGCCCACACAAAGUUCACUUGCAGACUUCGCUUUACCCAAGUGCAUCUGCUGAUGUGCGGGUCGUCAGCGGCAUUCCUUCCUCGGCCAUUGAGGGCAUAUGCGACAAGGUUCGGGAAUCUGCUGCAGCAGCUCUUAAAAAUUCGUCGGAAGGUGUCGCACUGCAGUGGUUGUUGCAGCUGCUGCAGCGGAAAGCCCCGCAGCUCUUUGUUGCUACGCUUGUUUUCUGCAUGAGGAAAACAGAGCCCCUUGUGUCCCCAGCAGUCCUAGAGUCUUUGUUGCAGGAGCAGCUGCCUCCUGCGGAUCCUGUAACCCUGUUUUGCUCAUGCCUGGAAAUCGGGCUUCUGCACACAGCUGCACUUUACUUGCUGCCAAUCCAAAUUGCUGAAGGUCCACUGCAGGUGCUGCUUUCAUUUUCUCAUUUGGUGCCUUUUGCAGUUGUUAGCCCUGGAAUGGGCUGGGUGUAG